ACCAAGUGCUAUGCAAGCCCAUUCCUCGCUGCAGCCCCACUUCUCCCUUCGGCGUGUUCUGCCGCAGCUUCAAAACCCUCCCGAUGUCUGAUAGCCGUGCAGCCCCUCUCCUGCUGCCCCAGCAAACAAAUCACAAGCCCGUGGCUGGCCCAGGAAGAGAGAGUGAUGGGAAUCAGAGCGUCGGCCAACGAGAUGAUCCACUCACCGCGAGGAUGGUUUUGGAAAGGAAGGACAUGCCGGAGUCUGACCCAGCGGCACCCCCGCCUCUCCCAGGGAAAACACCAAGAGAGAUCGUGCCAGCCAGACGAAUGAGCAGCUCGCAGCUCAGCUUGCCUGAGCCCCCCUCGCCAAUGCAGGACGCGGGAGCUGGCAGCUCUGCCCAGCACGGCCUCAUUUACCGCAACGUAGGAGAAAUGCGAGCACACUUGGUGCCAGCCAAGACAGGCCGAGGGGAGUCACCUGAAAAGCUCCCCUCUGAGGCCAGCGGUGAUCCUCUCCCUCCACCCCUGCCAAAAAAGCAGCUCAGUAGAACCAGGUCCUUGCCCGAGAUGCAGACUCAUCACUACUACCCGUGCAAGAGUGCCCACUUCCCCACGCCGCACUAUGUCUACAACACCCUGUAUGAAGUCUCCACACCCAGCAGGGGAGGCAGCCGCAGCUACUCUGAGUCGACGGAAAGACUUUUCUGCGGCCCUAAAAGAUACUUGUCUAAGUCCCAAAGCCUGGGUGAAUCUGAGCCCUGGGACAUCCUGCGUAAAGCUCGCCCUGUCCCUGUCGCCAGGCACAUCACCACAGAAGAACUGACGUUCACUACUCCCGAUGGGGAGCUCGUCUACUUCUUCGAGGACCUGGAGAGCACGGCCAACGUCUAUGAGAAGGUGAUGGGAUAUCACCUGGCGUCUUUGAUCCAUCUCACGGCAAGGGCGCAGGAGCUCCUGGGCGGAAAGGAGGAGCAGCAGCAGCUGAUGGGAGCAGAGCUUGCAGGAAAGAAGAAGUGGGCAGAUUUCACGCUCUUAGACAAGGAGCCAUGUUGUGAAACAGGAGACGCCUGGUAUUAUCGUGUUUCCUGUGCCUCUGAGCAAGCCCAGCAAAUAUUCGCAGCCAAGGUCCAUAAAUCCUAUCCCUGCAGUCUCUCUGUACAGAUGUCUGCAGGGGCACAUUUCAACAUUCAGCAAGUGUUUGGGUGCUUCGUUGAUUCCCUCCCUAUAGACCUCAUGCCACUGGAAAGGCCUCAGAAGCUAGGUCAGUUCUGUCCUGGAGAACAUGAGGAAGCUGUUUCUACCAGUGCAUCUCUUUCUCUUAACCAAGUGGCCAUCUCUCCUGAGGUUCCUUAUCAAACCCUGGCUGAUUUUGUGAAGGGAUCACAAGAUCUCCACAGCUCUAGGCCUGGGCACUAUGAACGCCUGGCUUGCCUCCUCCUGCUGCAGUUGUGUACAGGGCUGGAGCACCUCAAGCAGCAGAAGGUUGCUCACUACAACAUUCACAUGGAGAACCUGCUCUUGGUGCAGUGUCCAUCUCCUCACCUGGGCCAGCAGGACAAAGAUCCAUCUGCAGAGCUGUCGCUUCCAAGGUUGGUCAUCAGCAACUUCUCUAAAGCUACAGGAAAGAAGACAUCUACUUCUGUGGCCCAAGAUCCAGACCAAGUCAACAUGGCCCCCAAAUGGCCCUCUGUGGCUCACUUCCAAAAUGCAGAGGGGUUCCAGGUAGGCAUAUUGGUCUAUGAGAUCUUGCAUCAGCCCAACCCCUUGGAGAAGCCCUCGGGACUCAGGAACGGUGACCUCCCUGCUAUCCCAGCCCUGUCCAUCUAUUCGUGGGGGCUCCAGAACCUGGCCACCCUGCUUCUUCACCCAGAUCCCCGCAGGAGUGUGCCCAUCAAACAAGCAAAGAACAUGCUGCAGGUCUUGCUGUGGGGACCACGCCAGGAGCUCUUUGCCAGGAACCAAAUCACUCUUGUCUUGCUCCGGAACUGGGUGGUGAUUAAAAGGGUUCUGCUGCUGCUGAAGUUUGCAGAGAAGGUGUCUGAGGCAGGGGGGACCAUACGGCUGGAAGAGUGGUUGUGCUGUUUGUACUUCACAGAGACCACUGAGCACACACUCCUCCACACCCUCAGGAUUAUGCAUGCUUCAGAAAGCCCUGGGGCACAUUAGACUUAAUAGCUUAUGCAUCAGUUAUGAAAUCCGUGGAUUCACUGGACUCUAAGAUUCAUCUCAACACUUCAUUCUUCAGAAAAGGACACGCUGAGUUUUAUGCAGUUAACCUGGGGCGGGGGAUGUUAGACUUUUAAGAUUCAGGUCCUAUUUACUCUAAAGUUUCUGUGGCACUUUGACUAAGAAUAGGGCCAGAGGGGCCAGGUACAGGUGGACUGCCGCAGGUGGAGCUCUGGGGUGGAACAUACCUCCCUGCUCCCUGACACACACCGAGAGUGGGCAGCUUGCUCAGCAUCUGAGAGGGGACAUGAUAGCAGUUUUCAGGUAUCUAAAAGGGUGUCAUAAGGAGGAGGGAGAAAACUUGUUCACCUUAGCCUCUAAGGAUAGAACAAGAAGCAAUGGGUUUAAACUGCAGCA